AUGUUGGCUGCAGGCCAUAUAAACAGUGAAAUCGAGGACGAAGAAGUGAUGGAUGAAAAUUGCCAAGUGACAGAGGUUCGGCGAAAGAUCUGGCUAUACUUCAAUGCCAGCAUCUACGACAUUGGAAAGGCAGGAAAGAGAAUAUUGUUCAUUGAUCGUGGUAAAUCGGCCACGCAGUGGGCUACGAGGUAUAGUGAUGCCAACUUUGAAUGGCGAGGCAAGAUAAAAGAUUCCGCCUCGGAAGAAUAUAUCAAAGCCCAAGGGAGAGAAAUCGCGAAGGAGAUGGAUAAAAUGGGCUACAAAUUUUUGACAAAUAACUGCAGGACGUUUGCAAAUAAAUUAUGGGAAGCGAUCAAAGCUUAG